AUUCGUGUAUAUACAUGGGGUUUGUGCAUUUAUCUUGUACAGUGUCAGUGUUCUGCAUUUCAAUGAUUUGACCCAAAAAAGAUGUGGUGAAUGGGCUCUGCAACUGGAAAAUGGAACUGGGUUCUUCUUCUUCUUCUACCUCUACCUCCGCCGACUCCUCAUCCGACGGCUUGAAGUUCGGCAAAAAAGUCUACUUUGAAGAUGCGGGUGGUGGGAGUGGUGGGUCGUCGCUGCCGGCCAAGAGAGGGAGGAGCGCGGUGGCGCAAGGCGGACAGCCACCCAGGUGCCAGGUGGAAGGGUGCAAGGCAGAUCUGAGUGAAUUUAAGGCUUAUUACUCAAAGCAUAAAGUUUGUGGUAUGCACUCCAAGUCUCCUAAGGUCAUUGUUUCUGGGCUUGAACAGAGAUUCUGCCAGCAGUGCAGCAGGUUUCAUCAAUUGAGUGAAUUUGAUCAAGUAAAAAGGAGCUGCCGUAGGCGUUUGGCUGGUCAUAAUGAGCGUCGUAGGAAGCCCCCACUUGGAUCCAUAUUGUCCACACAUUAUGGGACUCUUUCUUCUUCAAUGUUUGUGACAGGAAACAAUGGCCACUUUGUGAUGGAUUUCGCCUCAUACCCAUAUCCGGGUGGUAAGGGCUCAUGGCGGCCAAGUACCAAUGGCGUGGGGAACUUUCUUCAACAACCAUGGCAGAGAAACUCUGAAGAUCCCCCACCCAAGCUUCUUUUGCUAGGUUCGGAUGCUGCUGCUAGGGCUACUUAUCCCAGUCCUUGUGGAGAAUACUUCAAUGGGGUCUCGGAUUCCACCCGUGCUCUCUCUCUUCUGUCAAACUCAAAUCAGCCCUGGGGCUCGAGAAACCAACAACCCUCUGGUCUCGGGGUUAAUAGCUUACUUAACACUGAUGGAACGCUUGCUGUUCAUCCAUCCGGUUCCCAUGCUGCCGUUAUCAAUGAAUUUUCUUCAAGUCCAUGGGGUUUUAAAGGCAAUCAAGCCACUACCAGCUCAGAUAAGAUCCUUCCUGAUAGUCACUAUUCUGGUGAGCUCGAGAUGAUGGCUCAUCAACAAACUGGACGAGCAUACAUGGGAAUGGAGUACUCGACGGGUUAUGAUUCUUCUGUCCAGAAUGUGCACUGGACUCUCUGAAUGUUGUUUGAAACACAAGUGUGUUACAAAAGUUUCAUCUUUUGUUAUGUUGUUAGAUACUUGCAUUUGCUAUUCUGGAGUGUUAUUUUGUGCUCUUCUAAGAUGACUUUAUCUUCCUCUGACUUUCAUGAAGCACUAAAUAAAGUUGCAUUGUGUGUUUGUCUU